AUGAUGGAAAGAGAGUCUAGUGUCGAGGAUGGAACAUCUAAUAUUACCAAAGUUGAGGAUAUGGGAGCAACAAGAGUCAUGUCACGAGAUGAGAGGACAUGGCACAUGGCAUCAGAAGUACAAGAAAUCAAAGAACGAGACGAAGAGGGUGGACAGCUUCCUAGAAAGCUUGGUGUAACCUGGCAAACCCUCACCGUUAAGGCCAUCAGCAGCGACGCCACAUUUAAUGAAAAUGUUCUCUCCCAGAUGUAUCCAUUCCACAAGACAGCCAAAGAAACUCCGGUGAAAACGAUCAUCGACAACUCAUACGGCUGCGUCAAGCCAGGCGAGAUGAUGCUUGUUCUUGGAAGACCUGGUUCAGGUUGCACGACGUUGCUCAACGUACUCUCGAAUAACCGACUAGGUUACGAAGAGAUUACCGGAGAUGUUAGCUUUGGGAACAUGUCAGCUAAAGAAGCUAAGCAAUAUCGUGGCCAGAUCAUCAUGAACAAUGAAGAGGAAAUAAUGUUUCCUACUCUCUCAGUCGAGGAUACUAUCACCUUUGCCGCUCGCAUGAAGACACCCUAUCACUUGCCGCCUGGUAUCAAGACAGCUGAAGAGUACGCUCAGUUCAACAAAGAUUUUCUCCUACGAUCGGUGGGUAUCUCUCACACUGCCUCUACAAAGGUUGGCGACGCGUUCACCAGAGGUGUCUCUGGUGGAGAAAGGAAGCCCAUGACUGACGUCCUGGGGCUCACAACUAUUGUCACUCUUUAUCAAGCUGGCAACGGUAUCUACGAACAUUUCGACAAAGUCCUUGUCCUUGACGAGGGCAAACAAAUCUUUUACGGAAAACAGAAUGAUGCUGUUUCUUUCAUGGAAAGCUUGGGAUUUAUUCGAGAUUCUGGUUCUAAUCGGUCAGACUUUCUGACCGGUGUGACUGUACCCACCGAACGUCGCAUUGCUCCUGGCUUUGAGAAAUCCUUUCCACGUACAGCCGGUGAGGUCCGUACCGCGUACGAUCAAUCGACCAUCAAAUCUGAGAUGUUGGAAGAGUGCCAAAGGUAUGUGACAAGUGAAGAAGCCAAGGAGAGUACAUCAGUAUUCAAAGAAAUGGUACGCCUUGAGAAGCACAAAGGAGUGUCCGAAAAAUCUCCAGUCACUACCGACUUUGUCACCCAGAUUAAGGCUGCUGUCACCAGGCAGUACCAGAUUAUGUGGGGUGAUAAGUCAACGCUCAUUAUGAAGCAAGGCGCCACAGUUAUUCAAGCAUUGGUUGGUGGCUCACUCUUCUAUGCCGCUCCGGCCAACUCAGCAGGCCUUUUCCUCAAGGGUGGUGCCCUAUUCUUUUCGAUCCUAUACAACGCUCUUAUUGCUCUCUCGGAAGUCACAGAUUCGUUUACAAGCAGACCUAUCUUGGCUAAGCAUCGUGCUUUCGCUCUAUAUCACCCCGCAGCUGUUUGCCUUGCCCAAAUUAUUGCCGACUUUCCUAUUCUAUUGUUCCAGGACACUCACUUUGGUAUUGUUUUCUACUUUAUGGUUGGUCUGAAGACAACAGCUGGUGCAUUUUUUACCUACUUGGUCGUCAAUUUCAUGACUGCCAUGUCCAUGACAGCUCUCUUCCGGUUUAUCGGCGCCGCUUUCCAUACCUUUGAUGCUGCAACCAAAGUCUCAGGUCUUGCAACGGUCGGCCUCUUCUCGUAUAUGGGCUACAUGAUUACUAAGCCUAAAAUGCAUCCGUGGUUCGUUUGGAUCUACUGGAUUAACCCUAUGGCGUACGGUUUCGAAUCUCUUCUUGGCAAUGAGUUCCACGGGCAGGAAUUGGAUUGUGUUGGCCCUUACCUCAUUCCAAAUGGUCCUGGAUAUGCACCUGGUGAGGGUGGACAGUCAUGUAUUGGUGUUGGGGGAGCAGUGACUGGAGCCACGACCGUCACAGGUGACGAGUAUCUCGCAUCUAUGUCCUUCAGUCAUAGUCACUUAUGGCGCAAUUUUGGCAUAGUCUGCGCAUGGUGGGUACUCUUUGUUGGACUUACGAUAUUCUUCACUUCCAAAUGGAAGCUUCUAGGAGAAGGUGGCCGGAGCCUUCUCGUGCCUCGAGAACAACAACAAAAGUCGAAACAUCUAUUACAACCUAAAGAUGAGGAGACACAAGCUCUUGAAAAGCCUUUGCCUGAGUCUGCAUCCGUCUCUGGAACUGACACUCCUAGUGGAAGCGUCAACAAAGACCUUGUUCGCAACAAGAGUAUUUUUACCUGGAAGAACCUGACCUACACUAUGAAAACCCCUGAUGGUGACCGAGUUCUUCUUGAUAACGUUCAAGGAUAUGUCAAACCUGGUAUGCUUGGGGCUCUGAUGGGCUCUUCUGGUGCAGGCAAAACAACUCUUCUUGAUGUCUUGGCACAGCGUAAAACGGAAGGAACUAUUCUUGGAUCUGUACUACUCGAUGGUCGCCCCAUCCCCAUCUCAUUCCAGCGCUCUGCUGGUUAUGUUGAACAACUAGAUGUUCAUGAGUCUUUGGCAACUGUUCGAGAGGCCCUUGAAUUUUCAGCCCUUUUACGCCAGUCUCGCAAUACACCUGAUGAGGAAAAGCUACGAUAUGUAGAUACAGUCAUUGAUCUUCUUGAAUUAAAUGACCUUGAACAUACACUCGUCGGUCGUCCUGGCGCUGGACUUUCAGUUGAACAACGCAAGCGUCUUACCAUCGGUGUCGAAUUGGUAGCAAAACCAAGCAUUCUUAUCUUUCUCGACGAACCCACAUCGGGCCUUGAUGGGCAAUCAGCCUACAACACCGUCCGCUUUCUUCGAAAACUUGCAAGGGCUGGACAAGCUGUCUUGGUCACUAUUCAUCAGCCCUCGGCGCAAUUAUUUGCACAGUUUGACACCCUUCUAUUACUUGCGAAAGGUGGUAAGACCGUCUACUUUGGUGAUAUCGGUGAAAACGCUAGCACUCUGAAAGAUUACUUUGCACUCCAUGGAGAACCUUGUCCUCCAGAAGCCAAUCCAGCAGAGCACAUGAUCGAUGUUGUAUCAGGGUUGGGAAAUUCGGAUAAAAGUCGAGAUUGGAACCAAGUCUGGUUGCAAUCGCCAGAACACGAGAAGCUCUCUCAGACAUUGGACAAUAUGGUCAGCGAAGCAGCCGCAAGGCCUGUAGAAGAUAACAUUGACGGUUACGAGUUUGCAGCUUCCAUGUGGACACAAAUUAAGCAUGUGACACAUCGCAUGAAUGUCUCACUCUUUCGAAACACUGAAUAUCUCAACAACAAGUUUGCUAUGCAUGUCAGUCUAGCCCUUCUCAACGGCUUUUCGUUUUGGAUGAUCGGGGAUCAUCUUACACAUCUUCAACGCAAUCUUUUCACUGUUUUCAGCUUCAUUUUUGUGGCACCAGGUGUUAUUGCCCAACUCCAGCCUCUUUUUAUCGAUCGUCGCGACAUCUACGAGGCACGGGAAAAGAAGAGUAAGAUGUAUCAUUGGGCUCCCUUUGUUACCGGUCUUAUUGUUUCGGAGUUCCCUUACUUAAUUAUCUGCGCCUUGUUGUACUAUGUCUGUUGGUAUUUCACAGCUGGUCUUCCCUCUGGAGCAAACUCUGCUGGAAGUGUGUUCUUCGUCGUGAUAACGUAUGAACUUUUAUAUACUGCUUUCGGACAGGCGAUUGCCGCUUACGCCCCCAACGCUGUCUUUGCAUCACUUGUCAACCCAUUAGUCAUUACCACUUUGGUUUCGUUCUGCGGUGUCAUGGUACCAUACAGCCAAAUUGAAUCUUUCUGGAAAUACUGGUUAUACUACCUCGACCCUUAUAACUACCUCAUGAGUUCUCUUCUCAUAUUCACAUCUUGGGACAAGACUGUCCACUGCACAACCGACGAACUCGCCAUCUUUGAUCCAUCUCCAAACCAAACAUGUGGCGAGUAUCUUGAUAUCUAUCAGCGUGGCAUGGGCGCAGGAAUCAAUAUCUUGAAUCCAGAAGCAACCGCUGAUUGUCGUGUGUGCCAAUACACUCACGGUGGAGAUUAUCUACAGACCUUGAAUCUCGCAGAAAAAUCCUAUGGAUGGAGAAAUGCAGGUAUUGUUGUGGCGUUUGUUGUUGGUAUCUAUGGAUUGGUUUAUUUCAUGAUGAAGCUCAGAACAAAGGCGACGAAAAAAGCCGAGUCUUGAAAUAUAGUCGAAAAGGGAUAGUAGUACCAUACUGGAUGUCCUCUCGCUUUGUUUUAAUUGUUAGAUCUCUUUACUCUUUUGCCGACGUUCCUGUUUUGUUCGGCAAUUACAAUUAGACUCUUGUUUCUUCUCGGGGUUGUACCAAACAAUCCCGAUGUACUUCAGUGGAUUUCCUUCAUCGUAAGAUUGUUAUUGGAUUAUUGAUGAUAUGAC